UAAUGAGCUGUUAAUCAGUAAAACAGGAAAAAAUAGCAAAAAGAAAAGUUCUUUCAAAGUGGUUACUGACUUAGCAGUCUAACAGUCUUAUCUCCCUUCCUCAGCUGUGUUUUCUGAGUCAGCAGUAGUUAAAUUUUCCAGCAAGCCCUACAUGAAAGAAAGUGUAAAGGGUGAUUAGGGAUUUCCACUAAGUGACCUCACCUUUGAGUGGGAUGGUCAACACAUUUGCUCUGACAUUCUUUUCACAAAGCGUGCGGUGACAGCUAAAGUCAUCUCAAAAGUGAUCUGACAGCAUCAAUACCUUAGCUUUUCUUAGCAGAUGAGACAAAUCACCUUGAAUUUCUUAAUUUUUUGAGUUGGCGACAAUGGCAACUUAUUUUGGAGUUACCUCUGCAGUAUUUUUCGUCUGGGUUACAACAUUCAUGGCACAAAAUUACUUUAUAACAGGUUCCAUUCUUUCACCUUGCAGGAUCAGAGGUGUAGGAAUUUAUCUUGAGGAAAAAGUGAAUUUCUCAGAAGCAAGUAAUGCAUGUGAUCAACUGAAUCUACAAUUGGCAAGUAGAGAUCAGGUUGAAAAUGCUCUGAAACAUGGCUUUGAAACAUGCAGCUAUGGAUGGGUGAAAGAUGGAUUGGUUGUCAUUCCUCGAAUAACAUCCAACAAGAAAUGUGGCAAGGGCAAUGUUGGACUAGUGCGAUGGUAUGCUGAACCCUUCAAAACAUUUAUGGUUUACUGCUUCAACUCCUCAGAUGUUCAGAUUAAUUCAUGUAUACCAGAUCCAACUACAACCAUUCUACCUUCAUCAAGUGCACCAACAGAUUUAACUGCAUCUUCAGGCUCUGAUUUGACUGAGAACAUCACAGCAGUGCCCAAUGUGACUGAGUCAGAACAAACCCUGAAAAAUAUAAAAUUUCGUGUAAUAUGCAUAACUGAAACUAUAUUGCCAACUGAAGGGACUACUACAAAAAUGCCAGAGGAAUACUCACCAAUUGAUUCUCCUAAUUAUACUUCCCAUGCUGCUUUUAAGAACGAUGCUGUUGUCUUUGGAGGUAUCCCUACGGCACUUCUUGUACUGGCAGUCAUCUUCUUCAUUAUCUCAGUUGUUCUAGCAGUCUGCUAUAUCAAAAAGUACAAGAAAACCUUCCCAUUUUCAAACAAGAAUCAGCAAAAAGAAACAGUUGAAACAACUGCUCUUAAAGAGGCUAAGUCAAAUGACAAAGCUGCUGAGAAGGAAACGAAGAAUGGUAAAAGUACAGAAGAGUCUAAAACCAAGCCUGAGGCCACAGUACAAUGUCUAGAAGCAGAAGUUUAAGUGGAAGAAUGUACACUGCUUGACAGAAACACAAAACAAAGUGCACUGAACUUCACAGUGCUUUUCAACAUGGGUGAUUGUAAAUACUCAUGAAUAUUUUCUCUCUGUUAACAUAUGAAAACCUAGGGUUUUUUUUAUAAUUACAUCUUUAUCUAUAAAUACUGUUGCAGAAGAAUAUGGAAUAUUAUUUACUUGAAAUAAAAUAUCCAUGAUGCAGCUCAUUUUUCAUCUUUAAUAAAGAAGUAGUUAGGGAUGUGAUAUUAGUGACAUGCAGUGUGUUAACUAUUUGCACAGAAUUCAGUUCAACAUGUAAUGAAAAGCGUUAUUUUUGUCUGGCUGGAAGAUCUCUGCUAACUUAAUGUUGAUUAUCUUAUUUCCAUUAAGUAGCUGCUUAUCUUUUUUAAAAAGUCUGUUUACAAAUAGAAGAAAUAAGUCUGUUUACAAGUGAGUAAAAAUAUCAAACAACCCACCGACUGUCAUGCAAAUACCCAAGGAAGGGUACAAAGAUGCCAAUGUCUAUAGAGCACUGUAUAACUUUCUUGGGUAUCUUCAUCACAUCAUAAUUCAAUGUUUUAUUUAUUAAAACCUGUAUCAUUCUUCUGCAUCAGAUAUUUGAUGGGGGGGAACCUUAACUGUAACUCAACAGUUAUAUUUAAGAUCUUUUAUGUAGAUUUAAGUGGGGCUUUCAUAAUAAAGAUCUCUGGUGGUAUGGGACAUUUACAGUACUUCAUAAAAAAAUGAAGUACAGUAGAUACGUUUGUCUGAAAAGUUUAUUCUUAUUAAAACUGUCUCACAAUAAAAAGAGCUCAGAUGAUAACCUUAAUGUUACAGAAAUAAUUAGUUGUUAUAAAAGAACAAUACUAGGAAUUUUUCAAUUUUUUUUGAAUAAAUGGUUUGGAUAAUUUAUUUCUGUAUGUGAAGAAGGUUAUUAUGGGAAAGAAAGUUUCUUUUUAGAUCCAGCAGCCUGAAAAACAUAGUCUUAAAUAAAAUAGUAAUAGAACUGCU